AUGGCGGCCGCAGUGGGAUCAGGGGCAGGGGCAGCCGGUGGGCCCCUAGUCACUCCCAGGCCUGUAGCCACAUGUCUCACCAGUGGCCCAGAGGUGCCACAGGCCGAUGUAGACACCCUGCCAAUUCAGCUCUCCCUUUGGCUCACCAGUCCCCGAAUUCAGUGUCGAAGCAGCAGGACUUCAGACAGCUCGACAAGCCGCAGAGGGACUUUGGCAAGCCACAGUGGGACCACGGCAAGCUGCAGCAGGACUGCGUCGGGACCUUGGAUGCCUCAUGCAGUUAUGGAGGUGGGCUGUUCAGAGGCAACCAACUCUAGAGUUUGUGACUUUGGUUCAUUGUCUUGUUCUGGAAUUGGCAGUCAGCACCUUGACAUUGUGCUGGUGCUGCUGGCCUCUUCCACUAUCUUUUCCCUAGAACUGAAACUGGCUGUCUUCCAACAAAGAAUGAACAGACUGAGCUUACAACUACUGAAUAAUUUGCGAACUUCACUGGUUCAGCAGUGUCUACUACACAAGAAAAGUUUCCUGAUUCCUCAGAAAUCUGUGGGUUCUAAACCAUGCCAAAAAGACCAUGCCUUGGUCAGAGGCGUCAGCCUCUUCAAGGUAAAUAUUUAUUUGAAUAGUUGGAAGGAUAACCACACAUAGAAUUUCCUCAUCGAACUUAAUCAGUAGCUGGAAUACAUAGUAGCACUUAUGAGACUAAAAGCAGAGCCAGAGCAGGAAGAUGGUGCCUUGAGUGGUGAGAACCUGAGAUUGCAGGAUGAGCAAGCAUACUUCUGAAUGAUAAGAAAUUAUCUGGAAAACCAGGGAUGCAGCAUUGUCCUGGUGGAAAUCAAUCAAUAUCUGUUAUUUUUAUUCAGACUCACAGGAAAGCUGAGCAAAAGAAAUAUAUCCUUGAACAGUGUGAAACAAGAGCUAACUACAUACAGGUUUUAA